CAAAAGACAGAAAAUGCAAUGGCCGCCUAGAACACGUCCGGGCUGACGCAAGCUGACGUGUCGUGGAACCUUUUCGCCGUCCGAAAUUUUAUUCGCAGUUAGAUAUGAUUACGUUUAAGCGCGACAAGAAGGAGGAGGAGGACGGCGGUGGGAAUCCGUUUCAAAACCUGGAGAAGACCACCGUUCUUCAGGAGGCACGUACGUUCAACAACACGCCGGUAAAUCCGAGGAAAUGCGCCCACAUUCUCACGAAGAUUCUGUACCUGCUCAAUCAGGGCGAGCAGCUGGGCACGACGGAGGCCACGGAGGCCUUCUUCGCCAUGACGAAGCUGUUCCAGUCGCGCGACGUUAUACUGAGACGGCUGGUCUACCUGGGCAUCAAAGAGUUGAGCUCCGUGGCCGAGGACGUGAUCAUAGUCACGUCCAGCCUCACGAAGGACAUGACGGGGAAGGAGGACCUGUACCGGGCCGCCGCCAUCCGGGCGCUCUGCACCAUCACCGACGGCAGCAUGCUGGCGGCCAUCGAGCGUUACAUGAAGCAGGCGAUAGUCGAUCGCUCGCCGGCCGUGUCCAGCGCCGCCCUCGUCUCGUCCCUCCACCUGACGAGCGUGUCCAGCGACGUCGCGAGGAGAUGGGCGAACGAGGCGCAGGAGGCGCUGAACUCCAACAACGUGAUGGUCCAGUAUCACGCGCUGGGUGUCCUGUACCAGGCGCGCAAGGCGGACAAGCACGCGGUGAUCAAGCUGGUCGCCAAGCUCAUGAAGACGAGCCCGAAGAGCCCGUACGCGGCGUGCAUGCUGAUCCGUAUGGCGUACAAGCUGCUGGACGAGGUGGACGAGGGCGAGGAACUGAUAGGCUUCAUCGAGUCCUGUCUGCGUCACAAGUCCGAGAUGGUGGUGUACGAGGCGGCGCACGCCCUGGUCAACCUCGGGCGAAGCGGCGCCAGGGAGAUCGGACCGGCGAUCAGCGUCCUGCAGCUGUUCUGCGGCUCGCCGAAGCCGGCGCUACGUUUCGCCGCGGUCAGGACUCUCAACAAGGUCGCGAUGUCCCACCCGGCGGCGGUCACGGCUUGCAAUCUCGAUCUGGAAAAUCUGAUCACGGACUCGAACAGAUCGAUCGCCACCCUGGCGAUAACCACCCUCUUGAAGACCGGAGCGGAGAGCUCCGUCGACCGUCUGAUGAAGCAGAUCGCCACCUUCGUGUCGGAAAUCUCAGACGAAUUCAAGGUCGUGGUAGUCCAAGCUAUCAGGGCUCUGUGUCAAAAGUUCCCCCGCAAGCACGCGGUUCUGAUGAACUUUCUCUCGGCUAUGCUGAGGGACGAGGGCGGGCUCGAGUACAAAGCGGCGAUCGCCGACACCAUUAUAGCCGUGAUGGAGGGGAACGCGGAAGCCAAAGAGGCGGGACUCGCGCACCUCUGCGAAUUCAUCGAGGAUUGCGAGCACAUCUCCCUCGCCGUGCGCAUCUUGCAUCUACUCGGCCAGGAGGGACCCACGUCGAAACAGCCGUCGAGAUACAUCCGCUUCAUCUACAAUCGCGUCAUCCUCGAGAGCGCCAGCGUGCGAGCGGCGGCCGUUACCGCGCUGGCACGUUUCGCUGCCGCCUGCCCGCCCCUGCUUCCGAACGUGCUGGUGCUGCUCUCACGUUGCCAGCUGGACUCGGACGACGAGGUUCGCGAUCGCGCGGCCUACUACUGCACGAUUUUGCAGCAGCAACACGAUCCGACUAUAUUGCCCCUGGUGCAGCCGCCCUCGCUGUCGGUCCCGACGUUGGAAAGGGCCUUGCGGAAUUACAUGCAGACACCGAUGGAAGAGUCGUUCGACAUUUCUCAGGUACCUCCAGCUCAGACGGUGGAGGAACCCGUUCAAGUGGAAGUGCACACCACUAUCAAGCAACCUCGUUUGACCAGGGAAGAAAGCUACAUGGAGAAAUUAUCGCAGAUCCCGCAUUUAGCCGUGAUCAUACGAGACACGUCGCUCCUCAAGUCUUCGCCGGUGUUUGAAUUAACGGAAUCCGAAACGGAGUACAAUGUCAAAUGUAUCAAACACACAUUCCCCGAGUAUCUCAUUUUGCAGUUCGACUGCGUGAACACGCUGUCCGAUCAACUCCUCGAAGAUGUGGUAGUGGCCGUUGAACCUUCCGAAGGUUACUCCAUUAUAUGCGUCGUACCGUGUCCGCGAUUGCCCUACAACGAGCCGGGAACCACCUACACAGUAUUAAAAUAUCCGGAUGAUAUACACGCGAGUGUCGCUACCAUUCCCACGACGCUUCGAUUUAUGGCAAGGGAUUGCGAUCCGACGACAGGAAUACCAGACGCGGAUCAAGGAUACCACGACGAAUAUAUGUUGGAAGAUUUGGAAGUGACGCUAGCCGAUCAAGUACGUGGCGUCGGCAACAGAGGCAUGGACUUUAACACCGCUUGGGAUACAUACGCCGCGAAGGGAUUUAACAAGCUAGAAGAGACAUUCGCCUUGGGGGCCUCGGUGACGUCACUGGAAGGCGCGAUUCAAAGUCUUACGGGAUUCCUGGGCUUGGAAGCUGUGGAACGUAGUAACAAGGUACAGAGCGGAGCGGCCGCCCACAAUCUGCUCCUAAGCGGCGUCUUCCGAGGAGGAAAGGAGGUGCUGGCGCGUGCCAGACUAGCGCUGAGUGGAACGCAAGUUACGAUGCAGCUGUCCGUUCUCUGUCAAGAUCCAGACGUCGCUGACCUGAUAGUCUCGUCCGUAGGAUAGAGUAUUUCAAAUGAAGGUAACGUGAGAAUUUUCGCAAUAGAGGAGAAAUAUACAUAUAUUCGCUGACAUUGCUGUAAAAUAAUUUUUAUAAUAUAAGAUUAUCG